CAGGCUCUGAAGGGUCUCUGAAAAGCAAGUUGGCUUUCAGCUCCAGAGCCUGUGUCUGGGGUUGGCAGCCAGGAGGCAGGAGCACCGUCUCCCUGCGGGUCCGGCUGGCAGGAGUUCCUGCCGUGCAGAUGGGAAUGCAGCCCCGUGCUCCUCCACCCGCUCAGCUACUCUGUGUCCUUAACUCAGUGAGGUCGGACUACCUGGAAGUGGCACACCUGCUCUGUGCACGCCUGUCUCUUCUCUUCUGCAUUUUGUCCUUGGCAGUAUGAACCAGGAGAAUGCUAUUCCCUCCUUGCUUAUUCUGCCUUUGGUCGUCUGACCGGGUAGCAUCCUAGCUGAAAGCUAAGAUGCUGCAGGCCUAACAGGACACCUACCCCUACCACCACCCAGCAGGAGCCCUCUCCCUGUUCUCCAGUGCCAGAGCCAGGAAGAAGAGGCAGCCUGCAGAGUUUCCUUGCCGUCACUCGCCUGCUUCUCUGCCACGGCAUUUAGGGUUGGACCGGAAGACUUACUUCUCAGAGGGAUGGUAGCAGCUGGGUGGCUGGUGGGUCCUCUGAGGCUGCCGAACUGGGGAGCAAGCUGCCAAAAAGAUGUUGAAGUUUCGGGCUGAUCGCCGGGUCAGCCACAAUGAAAGACGGAACACAUUUCGGCACCCAGUGACCGGCCAGGUCCUAGAGGAAAACAAAAAAUUUGAUUUGAAAACAUUGGCGUUGGACAUGUCCAAUAAAACAAGUGGGAAACGCCCUGCUAGCACAAGCAAUGACAUAGUCAACCACAGCAUGGUGUCCGAGGUCCCUCCAGAGCGGCCCAAUGUCCGGGCAACUCGGACAUCCCGCAAAGCCAUCACUUUUGGCAAGCGUGCACACUCCAUGAAGCGGAACCCCAGUGCCCCCGUCACUAAGGCAGGCUGGCUCUUCAAACAGGCCAGCUCCGGGGUGAAGCAGUGGAACAAGCGCUGGUUUGUGCUGGUGGACCGCUGCCUCUUCUACUACAAAGAUGAGAAGGAGGAGAGCAUCCUGGGCAGCAUUCCCCUCCUGAGCUUCCGGGUCGCUGCUGUUCAGCCCUCAGACAACAUCAGCCGGAAGCAUACGUUUAAGGUGACUGUGUGCUGGGUGGAUGAGGCCAGGGCCAGGCCCACGCACUGCCUCUCCCCACAGGCUGAGCAUGCUGGUGUCCGCACCUACUUCUUCAGUGCCGAGAGCCCCGAAGAGCAGGAGGCAUGGAUCCAGGCCAUGGGGGAGGCUGCACGGGUACAGAUCCCUCCAGCCCAGAAGUCUGUGUCCCAGCCUGUGCGUCACAACCACGAGAAGCCAGACUCUGAGAACAUCCCACCCAGCAAACUCCACCAACAGCCACCUCACAACUGUCUCCCCAAGCCUGAGCUGGAGGCCAAGACUCGGGGGGAAGGUGAUGGCCGAGGCUGUGAGAAGGCAGAACGGAAGCCUGAGAGGCCUGAAGUCAAGAAGGAGCCUCUAGUGAAAGCCAAUGGCAUCCCAGGUGGACCCGAACCAGGCUCAGAGCCCGGCAGCCCUUACCCCGAGGGCCCAAGGGUCCCGGGGGGCGGAGAGCAGCCAGCUCAGCCCAAUGGCUGGCAGUACAGCUCCCCAAGUCGACCAGGAAGCACAGCUUUCCCGCCGCAGGAUGGAGAGAAUGCGGGGCAUCGACGGAGCUUUCCAGCAGCACGCAACAACCCUGACAAAAUUGCCCAACGCAAGAGCUCCAUGAACCAACUACAGCAGUGGGUAAACCUGCGCCGAGGGGUACCACCACCCGAAGACCUUCGCAGUCCCUCCAGGUUCUACCCCGUGCCCCGUCGGGUCCCUGACUAUUAUGGCCCCUACCCCUCCCAGUAUCCGGAUGAUUACCAGUACUACCCCCCAGGGGUGCGACCUGAUAGCAUCUGUUCCAUGCCCGCCUACGAUCGCAUCAGCCCUCCCUGGGCCCUGGAGGACAAGCGCCACUCCUUCCGCAAUGGGGGCACCCCUGCCUACCAGCUGCGUGAGUGGAAGGAGCCUGCAGGCUACGGCCGGCAAGAUGGCACUGUCUGGAUCCCCAGCCCAUCCCGGCAGCCAGUCUACUACGACGAGCUGGAUGCCGCCUCUGGUUCCCUGCGCCGCCUGUCUUUGCAGCCUCGUUCCCAUUCUGUGCCCCGCUCACCCAGUCAGGGCUCUUACAGCCACGCCCGCAUCUACUCCCCGGUCCGCUCACCCAGUGCCCGCUUUGAACGGCUGCCACCUCACAGUGAGGACAUCUAUGCUGACCCCGCUGCCUAUGUGAUGAGGCGAUCCGUCAGCUCCCCCAAGUAUGAUUACCUGGGAGACAGGCGGCCAGUCCCUGCAGGACUGUUCCCCUACAACUACCCACCAUCCCCCACGGUCCACGAUAAGAUGGAUGAACUUUUAGAUCUUCAGUUGCAAAGAAACCUAGAGUAUUUGGACCAGCAGAUGAGUGAGAGCGAGACUCUCAUCAGUAUGGUGAACCGCAUGGUGGAGAACUCCUCCCCCAGGGCCCAACUCUUCGUGCAAGUCCCUCCAUACCCAGAAGUGUUCCGGGACAGCCUCCACACCUACAAGUUAAACGAGCAAGACACGGAUAAGCUGCUGGGCAAGUUGUGUGAACAGAACAAGGUGGUGAGAGAGCAGGAUCGGCUGGUGCAGCAGCUCCGAGCAGAGAAGGAGAGCCUGGAAAGUGCUUUGAUGGGCACCCACCAAGAGCUGGAAAUGUUUGGAAGUCAGCCUGCUUACCCAGAGAAACUGCUUCACAAAAAGGAAUCCCUGCAGAACCAGCUCAUCAACAUCAGGGUGGAGCUAUCGCAGGCCACCACGGCGCUGACCAACAGCACCAUGGAGUAUGAAAACCUCGAGUCUGAGGUCUCUGCCCUGCAUGAUGACCUCUGGGAGCAGCUCAAUUUGGACAUCCAGAACGAGGUGCUCAAUCGGCAAAUCCAGAAGGAGAUCUGGAGGAUCCAAGACGUGAUGGAGGGGCUGAGGAAGAACAACCCGUCCCGGGGCACGGACACUGCCAAGCACAGAGGAGGACUCGGGCCCUCAGGCACCUACAGCUCCAACAGCCCAGCCAGCCCUCUCAGCUCUGCCAGCCUCACCAGCCCCCUGAGCCCCUUUUCACUGGUGUCUGGCUCUCAGGGGUCCCCCACCAAGCCGGGGUCCAAUGAGGAACCCGGCCCACCUCGGCCACCCCUCCCCAAAGCCUACGUCCCUCUGGAGUCACCUCCCACCGUCCCUCCACUCCCUAGCGAGAGCCGCUUCUGGCCAUACCCCAACUCCCCUUCCUGGCACCGCAAUGGCGAGACAGCCAGGGGUCAGCCCAAGGCAAGCUAUGAGCAGAACAAGAAAGACUCUCACCAGACAUCACCCCUGGAUACCCCCAAAGAUAUCAGCCUUCUGCCCACCAGGCAAGAAGUGGAGGCAGAGAAGCAGGCAGCUCUCAACAAAGUUGGCAUUGUGCCCCCUCGAACAAAGUCACCCACUGACGAAGACGUGACCCCUUCAGCAGUGAUGAGAAGGACCGCCAAUGGACUCACCAACGGGCUCUCCUCCCGGCAGGAGCGCCCCAAGAGCGCUGUUUUCCCUGGUGAGGGCAAGGUCAAGAUGAGCGUAGAGGAGCAGAUUGACAGAAUGCGGAGGCACCAGAGUGGAUCCAUGAAGGAGAAGCGGAGAAGCCUGCAGCUUCCAGCCAGCCCGGCCCCUGAGCCCAGCACCCGGCCUGCCUACAAAGUGGUGCGUCGUCAUCGCAGCAUCCACGAGGUGGACAUCUCUAACCUGGAGGCUGCCUUGCGUGCAGAGGAGCCUGGUGGCCAGGCCUACGAGACACCACGGGAGGAAAUUGCCCGGCUUCGCAAAAUGGAGCUAGAGCCCCAGCACUAUGAUGUAGACAUCAACAAGGAGCUUUCCACCCCAGACAAAGUGCUCAUCCCCGAACGGUACAUUGACUUGGAACCAGACACUCCCCUGAGCCCUGAGGAGUUGAAGGAGAAGCAGAAGAAGGUGGAAAGGAUCAAGACACUGAUUGCCAAGUCCAGUAUGCAGAACGUGGUGCCCAUCGGCGAGGGGGACUCUGUGGACGUGCCCCAGGACUCAGAGAGCCAGCUGCAGGAGCAGGAGAAGCGGAUUGAAAUCUCCUGUGCCCUGGCGACCGAGGCCUCCCGCAGGGGCCGCAUGCUGUCUGUGCAAUGCGCCACCCCAAGCCCUCCCACCUCCCCUGCCUCCCCGACUCCACCAGCCAACCCCCUCUCGUCUGAAUGCCCACGAGGUGCCGACAGCAGCCAUGCCUUGCGGGUCUGAGCUCUGACUGCAAGCCCUGGCCGAGGCCAAUGCUGUGAAGCUCCACAGAGCCACGUUCUGAAGCGUCCUCUGCCUAACUGAGGUCCUGGCUGCCCACCCUGGCCCCCAUUCCUACGCUCCCAUGAGAGUGCUGCAGGGAGCCAGGCUGGGGGCCAGGGCUGCUGCCGCAGAAGUGUGGACACCUGAAACCCCGCUGCUCACGCUGUGGUCCUAAGCGAGAACUGGGAUGGUGAGGUGGGGAGGCCGUCCUCUCUGACGCUCAAGUCACAGGGAGCCCCUGCCUGGCUUUGGCUGGCAAGGUGGUGGCCCUACAUGAACAUUCCCUGGUGGAGAAGGCACCCUGGUGGGGAACAUGCCAUCGGCUGUCCUAGUGAAGACUGGAAGUAAAGGAGAGCUGGACCCUCAAUGCCAAGGACAGCACCUGCCAUCACCUCCUCCCUGUGUGCCCCAGCUGUGUCCUAGGCUCUGCCACAUCUCUGCUGAUAGAGAUUCUUGGGGUUCAGUGGAGAUAUCCACCCCGCUUCAGCCAAAGACAAGAGGAUAAGUAGGGGUGGAGUGGGGGAGGCUCCUGGGCUCCCGGAGGGGACAGAGCUGGCUGUGAAUGGAGAGCAGCAGGUCUGUGCAGUGUCUGAGGUCAGGUCGAGAAGAGGUAGCAGAGAGGAAGGGAGAGGUCCCGAAGAGUGGGGAAGGGAGGAGGAGGAGUUUGCAAGAAAGAGGGCAGGGAAAAUGGAGGAGGAUGCGAUGGGCUUUCCCAUGAAGCCUAAGGUCAGCGCUGAGUGCAAGGCAGAGUCACCUCUGCACCUCCACCUCAUCCGCAGGAGGAGCUAGACCCAGGGGACCUGCCAGCAGGGUGUGCAGUGGCCUCAGCUGAGGUGCUUGGUAUGGGGACCGAGGAAAGGGUGAGGGAUGCAGUGUCCAUAGUGAUAGCCCAGGAGGCGGUCCUUCCUGAGCAGGGCCUGGUAUCUGCGCCUCCCUCCCGGGGUCAGGGGCAGAGGGAAGGACCUUUCUUCUGUAGGGUGUGCUUUGCCUUACGCCUUCCCUAGCCAGUUUCUUGCCCCUUUCCCUCUCAGUGCUCCUGUCCCCAGGAGAGGAAAGGAGGCCUGAGUCUAGGGGACCAGCCUCUAGGCCUGAUCCCUCAUCCCGGGCAUCUAGAGAGGGAUGACCAGGCUGGGUUUACCAUCCACCUACCCAGGGAGGCUGCUGGGGGAGAGACAGAAGCAGAGCACGUCUUUCCUCUGCCCCAGCCACCUUGGGAUGAAUGUAGCCAGAGAGGACAAAGGAGGGGGAAACUGAGGACACCUGGCCCAGAGUUGGCUGCUGGAGACUCCACCGUGACCAGCAGCAGCACCAAGGACAACUGCUUCCCUCCCACCGGUUUCUCUCCACUCCUUCAUGGCUGGAAUGGCUGGCUCAUAUGCAAACAAAGAUGACAACUCAUUCAACAAACACUGCUCGAGCACCUUUUAUGAACCAGGCACUGUUCUAGGUGCUUCGGAUAUUCUCAUGCUUCUGAGGGACUAAUGACUGGGAGGAUUUCACCUGUUUUCCCUUCUUGCAGGUUUUUUGGUACAUGAAAAUGACCCCCAGCUACAUCUCCCAUCUUCACAGCUCCAGAACCCCAAAUCUGUUCUUUCUUUUUUACACGCUGGUAGGUGGGAUUGGCUCCCCGGUCACCCUCUCCCGUUUCCCUCCACAGGAAACAGAUUGUUCAGGGCCUUCCAUGCCUUUGCCUUUCUUUAGCUGUCUCUCCUUUUUUUUAAAGUGGUAUUUUUAGAAAUAUACAUGUAAAACCCUGAGAAAUAACUUCACCUCUGCCGCCUCUCUGCCCUUGUGUCCUAAAGCCAGCUCCUUGUGUUGCUUUACAUGCCUUAAUAUAUGUUUUAUGGAGAUGAUUCAUGUUCUGGAUAUCACUGUAAUAUAUUUGUCCGUUUGGAUAUCAGUCCUUUCCUCAGCUCCUGCCUGGGCCCGCUGUCUCCCACACCGUUCCUAGCAUGUCGAGGCCAUACCCCUUGCCUUUUUGAUCCAAAGAAGGGGAGAGAGGAAAGACUUAUUUUAAGACAGAUCUAUUUUAUGCUUUUGUUUAAAAAGCAAACCUAUUUUCAAAAUGUGCAAUGUCUGACUGGAUGGGCUAGUGAUGUGACAAGAAGGGGGUGGCAGCUGCUGAACCCCAGUCCUGUGCCCGUCCCUCUUCUUGACGGCUUCCUGCCUUCCCAUCACACAGUCAGGGAAGGGCAGGGCCCCAGGGCUCACCAGGGAGCAUCUUGCCAGGACAGACCUUUCCCUAUGAAGCCUUGCUCCAAGGAUUUGAUGACACUGUCAGCUCUUUGGGGCACAGUAAGGGUUGUCGGUGCCCGAGUCCUCUUAGAGGAAAUGUUUACAGUUACAUGUGCAGGACACGAGGGCAGGCACACGUCCUCAGGGCUCCUGGCCACCUGCCCUGGUGCUGCUGGAAAGGGUGGAAUUUCAUGGCAGUCCAUGCUGCGUAGUGCUAGGGUGUCCUGCUCCCUGCUGGACCUGUGACGUGGUGCACGGCCCAGAGGAAGUGGCUUGGGGUCCUCUGUGUUGUCCCUGCUCUUAAUCUGAGUUCCUUGGACUUCUCACACUUGUACUUGAUUCCUUUCUGGUUGGACUCAUACUUAUGGCAUCUGGCUUCUUUCUUUCUGGACCAGUUCCUAAGGGGAUGGCACCUCAGUCUGGCAUCCAGACUGGGAAGUCACCUUCUUGGUUAGGGAAGGUCCCACUGACAAUGUAACAUCUCAGCUUUGCCCAAGAAAUGCCAGGGCUUUUGCAGGCUGCUUGCUGGGGCACUGAACUAUGCCAGCUCAGCCUCUGAAACUGCCUAUUGAUUGUGAGCCUGAGCGGGGAGGCUCUUGUCUUGCAGGGAUGGGGGGAGGAUAGAAGUCUGUCCAGAUCUGAAAUCAAGAGUUUUGGAAUUUUGCACACAGCUCCUAGCCAGCAUUUGAAGCCUAACCUCCAACUGUGCAUUUGCUGGCACUGUAUUCCCAGCCUAGAGCACCUCGCUCUGAGUGAAUAGGGCCCAGAUGGAAGCCCAGAGCUAGGGAGUCCUCCCGUGGAAAGCCUUGGCUACUCCCCUGGGCUCUUCCCGGUUAGCCCAUCACCUUCCUGAUCAGAAACCAGAGGCUGCAACUGAACUCUGCUGCUGUCACUUUAGAAACCUUCCCAGGUGCAAGCUGAGCCUGUUUGCUCUGCUGCCUGUGCGAGAGGCAUGGUUUUGAGGCAGGGCUGACUGCAACAAGAUGGGAUCACUUCCUUUCUCCUCUACCUGGCAGCUCUUAAAACUAAGGAAAAAUGUUAUAUAUAUAUAUACAUAUAUCUAUUUAUGCACAUAUUGGGGCCAAUUUGAUUUACUAGAAUUAGACAAUAAACCAUAUAAGGAACUUUAUGAUCUCAGUGUCUUUAUUUAGAAUACAAGUGACCUUAGGUGAAGAGUUAAGGUUAGAGACACAGAGCACCUCUGUUGGGACCAAACUGCAGUAGCAUCAUUUCUUUAGCAAAUAUCUGGCCAACAACCCCUCCGUGGGGAAGAGGGACAUCCUGACUGAGAUAGGGAGCAUUCUUACUCCAUCUAGCCACUCCAGAAUCUCUCUGAGUUCCGAUUUGUAUAUUGCAAGUUUGUAUAAACCCAAUCCUGAAAAUAAAAUGAACAGUUUGUACCCGU